UAUGCUCUUGACCCUUACCAAAAAAAUUUAUUUUUAAAUUUAGAAUGCUUGAUGAAGAACCUAUACUUGUUUACAACGUUGCUCAAUAUACUCGCAAAUUUGCAUAUAAUUAUCGGGAUCAAAUGACUUUUAGUAUUAUUGUUGCUGGUUAUGAUGAAGAAAAACUUGGACAAAUUUAUGCUGUGACUAUUGGAGGGUAUUCUAUUCGACAAAAAAUUUAUAUUACUGGAAGUGGAAGUACUUUUCUUUAUGGAUAUAUGGACAAGAAUUUUAAGGAAGGAAUGUCAAAUGAAGAGGCUGUUGAGUUGGUUAAAAAUGCUGUUUGUCUUGCAAAACGUCGUGAUGCUAUGUCUGGUGGAUGUAUUAAUUUGGCUAUUAUUGAUAAAAAUGGAACUAUUCAUAAGACAAUUCGUCCUGACAUGCCAGACCAUCCAAAAAUUUGAGAAAAUUUCCAAAAAAAUAUUGAGAGAAAGGAAAUGAAAAGA